AUGAUCCUUCUCCCACUCACCAUCUUCCUCCUCCUCAUCACCACACGCUCCCAGUCAUCCUUCAACGGCGACACGCUGGCCACCGACCCACAGCUGGAGUUCGAGAACCCCCGCCUCCGCAACGCCUACAUCGCACUCCAGGCCUUCAAGGAAGCCAUACUCUCCGACCCCAACAACGUGACCGCCACGUGGGCCGGCCCCGACCCUUGCUCCUACACCGGCGUCUUCUGCUGGCCAUCCCCCGACAACCCGUGCGAGCGCACCGUCGCCGGCCUCGACCUGAACCACGCCAACCUUGCAGGCCAUCUCCCCCACGAGCUCGGCCUCCUCUUCGACCUUGCAGUCUUCCACCUCAACUCCAACCGCUUCUGCGGGAAGCUUCCCCAGAGCCUCGCCAGCCUCGGCGUCCUCCACGAGCUCGACCUCAGCAACAACCGCUUCGCCGGACCUUUCCCGACCUUCCUCCUCGACAUCAAAAACCUUAAGUACCUCGACUUGAGGUACAACGAGUUCGAGGGCGCCCUCCCGGAAGCCCUCUUUUCAAAGAAUCUCGAUGCGGUUUUCGUUAACGACAACCGAUUCUCCUCGGCCCUGCCGGAUAAUAUCGGAAAUUCUCUGGCCUCGGUUUUGGUUCUGGCGAAUAAUGAUUUCGAGGGGUGCCUUCCCCCGGGCCUCGGUGACAUGUGGGCCACGCUGAACGAGCUGGUGGUGACGAACAACGGGCUGUCGUCGUGCUUCCCGAGCGAGAUCGGGAGGCUCAGGAAUCUGACGGUUUUGGAUGUGAGCCGGAACAGGAUCGUGGGCCCUCUGCCAGACUCGAUUGGGGAUAUGAGUAGCUUGGUGGAGCUCAACGUGGGGCAUAACUUGAUGUCAGGGGGAAUUCCCUCGGGAAUAUGCCAGCUCCCGAGCCUGGUGAAUUUUUUGUACGAGGACAAUUAUUUCACGAGCCAUGGGCCCGAGUGCCUGAGUCUUCCGGGAUUUGACGACGGGAUGAAUUGUUUGAGAGGGAGGCCGGGACAGAGGCCUGGCGAGGACUGCCGGAGGUUCUUGGCGAAGGCGGUUAACUGCAGCAGCUUCGGCUGUGGGGCCGCCACGUCCCCUCAGCCGCCGCCCCCGCCGCCGUCACCAGUUAAUCCUCCGCUGCCGACACCUAACGUGGGGCCCAGCCCGCAGCCACCAGUGGGGCAACCGACACCUGGCAUGGGGCCCAGCCCAACUCCACCUGAAAAGUGCAUGCCGCCGUGUUGCCAAUGUGCAAGGUCACCGUCGGGAGUUUGA